GUGCUUAUACUUAAACGGUGGUUUUUUAGAACUAAUCAUAAAGAUAUUGGAACUUUGUAUUUUAUUUUUUCUAUUUGGGCAGGUCUAAUGGGUACUGCUUUUAGUGUUAUUAUUCGUAUAGAACUGGCUAUACCUGGAAAGAUGUUAGAUGAUGGGCAGUUGUAUAAUUUAAUUGUUACUGCACAUGGUUUAGUAAUGAUUUUUUUCCUAGUUAUGCCAAUAAUGAUUGGAGGUUUUGGGAAUUGGUUGGUUCCUUUAAUAUUAACUAUACCUGAUAUGGCGUUUCCUCGAAUGAAUAAUCUGAGUUUCUGGUUGUUACCAGUGUCAAUGCUUUUGUUAUUAGGUUCUGCUUAUGUAGAUGGGGGAGCUGGAACAGGGUGAACUAUUUAUCCUCCGCUGUCUAGGGCUCUUUCUCAUUCUGGUAGCUCAAUGGAUUAUGUUAUUUUUUCUCUUCAUGUGGGUGGUGCAUCUUCUAUUUUGGCGUCAAUUAAUUUCGUUAGAACUAGUUUCUUGAUGCGUCCGGGUGUUAUGGUGUUGCUGCGUACUAGAAUGUUUGUCUGAUGUGUAGCUGUAACCGGGUUCCUUCUUAUUGUAGCAAUGCCUGUUUUGGCUGGGGCUUUAACUAUACUUUUAACUGAUCGGAAUUUUAAUACUUCUUUUUUUGAUCCUGUAGGGUUAGGUGAUCCUAUUCUUUUUGUCCACUUGUUUUGAUUCUUUGGUCAUCCGGAGGUUUAUAUUUUAAUUUUACCGGCUUUUGGGAUUAUUUCUCAUGUGGUAAAAGUUGGUAGAGGAAAGUAUGAGUUGUUUGGAAAGGUUCCUAUAGUGUAUGCGGUUUUGUCUAUUGGUGUUUUAGGUUUUAUUGUUUGAGGACAUCAUAUAUUUACAGUAGGAAUGAACGUGGAUAGUCGUGCUUAUUUUAGAACGGUUACUUUAAUUAUUGCUAUUCCUACUGGUGUAAAAGUGUUUAGGUGAAUCGCUACGAUAAUGGGUGGUUUAGUUAAGAACUGGGCUAUAAUGUACUGGGCAGCUGGAUUCUUGUUUCUUUUUACUUUGGGGGGUUUAACUGGGAUUGUUUUGGCUAGUGCAUCUUUAGAUGUGGUUUUACAUGAUACUUAUUAUGUAGUGGCUCAUUUUCAUUAUGUAUUGAGAAUAGGGGCUGUUUUUGCUAUGUUUGCGGGUUUUCACUAUUGAUAUCCGAUGAUUACUGGUUUAGGUUUAAAUCCAGUUUGAAGAAAGGGUCAGUUUUGGAGAAUGUUUGUUGGUGUAAAUUGUACUUUUUUUCCUCAGCAUUUUUUAGGGAUAAGAGGAAUGCCUCGUCGAUACCAAGAUUAUGCUGACAGUUUACAUGGGUUUAAUAUGUUUUCUAGUUGAGGUUCUAUUGUGUCCUUGGUUAGGUUAUUUCACUUUUUAUUUAUUUUAUGGGAAAGUUUGUUGAGGCAACGUUGUUUAGUGUUUGCUCAAGUUCUAAACACGGAGGUUGAGUGGGCUUUCAAGGGUUUUCCUUUAAGGUUCCAUAAUCGUUCUCAAAAUUGCUUUGGUUUUUUCGGUAAAGGAAUUAUUAAGGGAUAA